CAUAAAAUAAAGUUUUGUCGUUGGCAUGGUAAAAUUCCAAUCAAUGUCAUCGGAGCCUCACCGGCGGCGUCUGCUGACGGCUUGACGUGUCGCCCUCUCAGUCCGAAGCGUUCUUCUGCGUGGUCAGUGGUGUGCGCUUAAUGCUCUGUUUGGUGUUUUUAAAUUUGACUUGAGCAGAGAUAUGGACUCAGUUAUGAAUUGGGCAGUGGAAGAGAUAUGUGGUUGUGGUUGUAUUGAAGAAGGACUCACUCUUGCAGCCCUAUGGGCCAAGCUUGAAGCCUCACCCUCUCUUUCAUCCUCCAAUCUCCAUCUCUCUCCUACUGUCAAAAGAGCCAUUUGGACAAACCUCCUCCGCGUUCCGACUCUCCGAUUUGAACCACACUCUUGUUUGGAGCUGGAGGAUGCUCAGAACCUCAAUUUAAGGAUCUUUCCUCAGCAUACCCUUGCCAACAACUUUUUAGGCCUUUAUGAUUUCCAGUCUCUCCAAGAUGACCAAAUGCGCGUCCUUCGCCUUCUUGCCGGUGCUAGAGCCAAUGGCAUCACUCAAACUCAGCUCGCUAAGCGUUUGCACAUUGCUGCAAACAAAUUCCAUUAUGUGUUGAGGAGUCUUGAGUGUCAAGGCUUAAUUGUCAAGCACUCUGCUAUCGAGAAGAAGAAACAAAAUGGUGAAUCCAAAAAUUAUCCAUGUGUAACUACCCAUUUAGUAUGCUUACAUCGCUAUGCAAAACAAGUUGCCUCUCAUCAUCAAAGGUUUGAAUUUGAAGUUACCAAAUUCAACACGCCCGGCGAUGACUACGAGGAUGCAGAUGGAACCACACUUCAAACAGAUGUUCAUCUUAAGGAUUAUACACCUCAAAUGAAAGCUAUUUGUGACAAACUUGCAAAAGCCAAUGGCAAGGUUCUUCUUGUGUCUGGUAUUAAGAAGGAUCUUGGUUUCUGUGGAUCGCGUCAAGGACAAAGGGCUUGGAGAAAAAUUUCUCAAAGGUUGAAAGCAGAUGCUAUUGUGGAGCAGUUUGACGCUAAGGUGAAUGACAAGAUUGAGGCUUGCCUGCGACUUCUUGACCCAAUAACUACUGGAUCUGGAAAUGAAGAUAAAAAGUUAAACUCCGGGAAAAUAUGUCAAGUUAUUGAUCAGGUUGUGGAGCUUCCCAUUGAGCAUCAAAUUUACGAUAUUAUUGAUGCUGCAGGAUCCUAUGGCAUUACUUUGAAGGAGAUAUGUGAAAGGCUUGGGAUUGAACUGAAAAAGAACCACAUUCAACUUAUAAAUUUGUGCUAUAGAUUUGGAAUGAAAGUGCAAGAAGAACAAUGCCUAAAAACUAAGACAAUUCGAGUUUGGACUUCUAAAAAUUUCAACCCUGAACCAGAAGUUGAACAUAUUUUCAAGGUUGAUGAAAAUAAAUUUUUUAACUGUGUGCCUGACAGUUCAAAAAUAAUAUCUGAAUUUGAGGCUUCAAGUUCAACUAUCAAUGGAGAACUUGCAGACCCUGCAAAUUUGGAAGAUAGAGAAGUUGGUGCAGAACUCUAUUGUGUAUCUCCAAGAAAUACAGAGUUAAACUUUGUAGAAACACCAACAGACUUGCAAGAUUUGGCCUUUGGCCGAAGAGGUACGGUUUCUGACUGCAAACUGGUCAGUUCAACAGUGGAGGCAGGCAAUACACCAUCAGGAGCAUUCCCAUCUGAUGUGUUGAAACCAUUCUCUACUGUGAAUAGCAUUAGAAGGGCAAAUAGGAUACUAAAAAGGCUAAAGGAUGAAAGGUUCCUUUUGAAACCUGAGAUAAAUAGGUGGCUUAAUAGCCUUGAGAAUGAUAACUCUACAAAAGUGGACCACAAGACUAUUGACCGAAUAUUAACUAAACUUCAGGAACAAGGGCAGGUCAAACGCAUAAUAGUAAGUUCGCCUGUUAUUUCUGAAUAUUCCCGGACAAAAAAAUGUGUGGUGGUUGUGCAUUCAUCCGUGAGUCAAUCUCCUGAGUUAUUUGAUGAAAUUCAAGAUAGAGUGCGAUCAUUUAAUACUUGUAUUCGCAGCAAAAGUACUUCAUAUCAGAAAAAUGAUGAAUUCAUACCUGUAAUGGAGGAUAUUCAGAAAAAUCAAAGUGUUAUAGUUUCAGCUGGGCGGGCUAAUAAAGCAGAAGCCAAGCAUGCUAAUGGAUUUGUAUUAGCAAAAAUGAUUCGUGCAAAGCUACUCCACAGUUUUCUUUGGGAUUGUCUGCAUAGGGAAGCAAGCUAUAUUGAUGAUUUAUCAUCUAAAAAAUGUGUCAAUGAGCAAACUAAUAAUCCUCAUAGUAGCAUCAAACUAUUUUGUCUAGAAGCUGCUAUUAAAGAAAUGUCAGUUGAACUAUUAUUACAAGUUGUUGGCUCCACUAAAAAAUAUGAAGAAAUGAUUGAAAAAUGCAAGAUGGGUUUACGUCUCUCUGAUCUUCCUCUGGAGGAGUACAAGUGUUUAAUGGAUGCUCAUGCAACAGGAAGGCUGUCAUUAGUUAUUGAUAUUUUACGACGAUUAAAGUUGAUUCGGAUGAUAACUGAUUUGCAAUCUAGAGAUGGAGUCAAAACCCCUCAUACUUUUACUCACGUGAUGGAGCUUAGGCCUUAUAUUGAGGAACCCUUUUCAAAUGAUGCACCAUCUUUAAAUUUUAUCUCUCUUGAUCUCCGACCAAGAAUCAGGCAUGAUUUUAUUCUGUCUAAUAGAGAUGCAGUUGAUAAAUAUUGGCACAUAUUAGAGUAUUGCUAUGCUACUGCUGAUCGAAAAGCUGCUUCUUAUGCAUUUCCUGGAUCUAAGGUCAAUGAGCUUUUUCGCUUCCGUUCAUGGACAUCCACCUGUCUAAUGACAGCUGAACAACGUGCUGAGCUUUUAAAGCAUGUAACAAAGGAUAAUCUUAGUGAAAAAAUUUCAUAUAGGAAUUCUGAGAAGAUUGCAAAAGAUCUGAAUCUUAGCUUGGAGCAGGUACUUAGCAUGUAUUCUAGUAAGCGCCGCCGCCAUUUCCUUAAUCAGUUGGAUGAUGAAGAGAAAGAGGAUAAUUCACCUGAAUGUAAGGGUAAUUCAUCUCGUUGUAGGAAAAAAAAUUCCAGUGAGCCCAGGCUUGCAAAACAUGCAAGAAUUGAUGCAGUAACUGAUGUUGAGGACAUGCACAUAGAAGAAUCACAUAAUUUUGGUGUGCAUUCAAGAGAGCGUGCCACACAUAUGCAAAAAUUUGAGGAUGAUUAUGGACUUGAGGAUUCUCAAGACUGUAUCCCCCUUAUUAACCAGUGUGUCUUGACCCAAAUGAAGCUAACGCGCCAAAGGAGAUUUGUUUGGUCAGACAAAAUUGACAGGCAAUUGGUGAUCCAAUAUGUUAAACACCGUGCUGUUCUUGGGGCCAGAUAUCAUCGUAUAAAUUGGAAGUCAAUUUCUGAUCUCCCAGCUUCUCCAAGUGCUUGUAUGAGGAGAAUGAAUUUGUUGAAUAGUAAUUUGAGGUUUAGGACAGCUGUGAAUGGACUCUGUAACAUGGUCAGUGAACGAUAUGCAAAGCAACUCGAAAAGUCCCAAAAGUUGUCAUUAAACAAAGAUGAUUGCAAACAGUUUGUGCGAUCCCAGUCCUGUGAAGGUGGUAUCCUCAAUCAUUUUAGUCCUGAUGUUGAAAUUCAAAUGACGAGUCUAAAUAGAGAUGCUUGGGAUGACUUUGAGAACAAAAGUAUCAAGGCAGCCCUUGACGAGAUUCUCCGUUGCAAGAUGAUGGCUAAGCUGGAUGCCUCCUCCUCCCAAAAAGUUCAAUCGCAAUAUGAAGGGUGGGCAGAUGCAAAUGAAUCUCAAGAAAACGAAGAAAUUACAUCAGCUAUUCCUUGUGAAAUUAUUCAGAGUCAUCAUGGUAAUAGGGCCAAUGUUUAUGGACAAGUAAAUGAAUCAUUGGCUGUUUCAAAUGCUGUAGAGCUAGUUAAAAUUGUUUUUUUAAGCACCUCAACACGUCUCCAGGCACCAAAUUUACUAGCCGACAUUCUUCGGCGAUACUCAGAGCAUGAUCUAAUUGCUGCAUUUAACUAUCUUAGAGAGAAAAAAAUUAUGGUUGGGGGCACUGGCAGUGAAUGUGUUGAACUGUCACAACAGUUCUUGCACAGUGUUUCGAAGUCACCGUUUCCAUUUAAUACUGGAAAGCAAGCUGUUAAAUUUUCUGCGUGGCUGGAGGAAAGAGACAAGGACCUCACAGAAGUGGGUGUUAAUCUUGCUGAAGAUCUACAAUGUGGGGACAUUUUUCAUUUAUUUGCUCUAGUCUCAUCAGGUGAACUUUCUAUUAUGCCAUCCCUACCACAUAAUGGUGUUGGAGAGGCAGACUUGAGAAGUGCAAAGCGUAAAUUUGAUGCCACUGAGUUUUCAUAUAGUAAUAAAACUAAAAGACCAAAAUCCUUGUUUGGAAUAGAUGGUGAAAUUAUUUCUCGUCGGGAAAAAGGUUUUCCCGGUAUCUUCAUUUCUGCACACCGUACAGCAAUUUCAAGAGCUGAUAUUUUAAAUUUGUUCAAGGAUAAUGAUAACAAUGGCCAACCUUUUGAGGGCCAAAGCAGUAAUUAUUCACUUCCUGACCAUAUGUUGGAAAUCAUUAAAUCGUUUGACCCUAUAACUCUGGAAGAAAAUCAUACCAAAUCACCCUGGGAAAGUAUGGCAGGCUAUGCACAGCAUUUGUUGUCAGAGUCUUUCAAUCAAGAACAUGCACGUGCCAUUUGUGCUGAGCUCUUCAGAGUCGUUUAUGCUGCCAUUCAAAAGUCUGGUGACCAAGGAUUAAGCAUGGGAGAAAUUUCUCAGGUUAUAAACUUGCCAGGAGCAGAGGUAGAUGGAUUGAUUGUUGAUGCUCUUCAAGCAUUUGGGCAAGCCUUAAAGGUCAAUGCUUAUGAUACUGUCCGUGUUGUUGAUGCCUUACACCUUCACAAGUACUUUUUUACACCUGUGUCUGAUUUUCAUCAACAUGUUGUACAACCUUCCUCAACAAAAAUCAUUGAGAAAAGUGAUCAUAUAUGUGAGCUUUACAAAUCAGAAGAAAGGAACACUACUUCUAUUGAUACUCUAAGGGAAAGAAACACUGGUAUUGAUAAUGUGCACAAAGUGACAAUUCUUAAUCUUCCACAUGGGGAUGUAGAUCCUGAAAAUCAAGCUUGUGAUAGGAUUGAAGGCUCUAAGCAAGACAGACUUGGCUUAUCCAGUGUCAAUCAUGAAAAAGAAACACUUAAAUUUUCUGCUGGUGAAUUUUGUGUGCCAAUAUUGCCAUGGAUCAAUGGAGAUGGGACCAUCAACACCAUUGUUUACAGGGGACUCAGACAUCGUGUUGUUGGAAUAGUGAUGCAAAACCCAGGGAUAUUGGAGGAUUCUAUUCUACAUCACAUGCACGUGUUGAAUCCCCAGAGCUGUAGAACUCUCUUAGAACUGAUGGUUCUGGAUAAACACCUAAUUGUGAAGAAGAUGCAUCAAAUAAUAUUUGAUGGGGGACCCUCCUUACUUCAGGAUCUUAUUGGAAGCAAAUCUAGUCAGCCAAAGUUGAUUUGCAGAGAACAUUUCUUCGCCAAUCCCAUGAGUACUUCCUUGUUGUAGGGAAUCUGUGGCCUCAACAUGUAAAAUCAAUAGAUGUGUGUGUAUAGAGUGAGAGUAAAUUGUGUCUGUGUAUAUAAAAACAAAUUUACAGGUAAUUUUGGAUACUGGCCUUGGGUUUAUAUUUGGAACAAUUGCAACUCAGGCAAUCCUAGGAAGUUUCUUAUCAACCUGCCCCACUCAAGUUAUGGCUUACAAAAUUAUGUCAAGAUGAAAGAUCAUUAAUGUUUUAUUGAAUACAUUAAGUUGCAUAAA